CGAGUGGUGCAGAGGCGCCAGAGCGGCCACAACAGGCGCCACCGGCGCCGAUCGAUCGCUCUGCAUCACCACAGGACGCCAUGGCCGUGGUCGGGGUGGCCAGGUUUUGCUUCGUCUUCAGCCUCAGGCAAGGAUGCAUCAUCAUCGCCGUCGUCCAACUGUUCCUGUCGGCAGUGGUGCUGUUCCUGCUGACCCUGGGCAUGGCUCACGCCCAGGACAUGGCCGCCAUUCUGGCCGCCGACAUGGAGGAGACGGCCAUGCACGAAGACCCCACCUCCCUCCUCUACUCCCCGGCCAACGAUGGACUCGCUGGGCCCGCGCGCUCGCACAAUGAGGAGCAACUCCUCAAGGCCGAAAACUUGGCCACAGUGAUCAUUUCGUGCAUGUACACGUCAAUGGCCCUGGCGGCCGUAAAACUGGUCGCCUGCAUCCUCCUCCUCUACGGCACUCUAAUGAGGCACAGACAAUGUCUGCUGCCGUGGGCUUGCGUGGUCCUGGCCGAGAUGGUCCUCGUCUUCUCUGGCCUGGUCACUUGCCUGGCCGUUGGCGGCGGCCACCACAUCACAGUGGUCUUCGCAAUCGGCACAAUCUACCUGAUGAUUCUAUUUUACCUUUGGACUGCUGUGGUCAGCUUCUACAAGCAGCUGUGUCUGCAGGAGACACUCCACGGCUCAGUGCGCCAAGUGACUGCGGCCGACGCCCCCGCAAAGGGCUACCUGCAGUUCUCGAACAAACCGUACAGCGUCUAGCACACCAAACGUCCAGCUACUCAGCCUCUUAACUACUCUAUUCUAUAUUUAUGAUAAUAUACAAUAUAAAUUAUCUCGCUAAUUACUUUCGGUAUAAAUAACAGCAAUACACACAACAAUUAACAAACUCAAUAAACUAACAUUUAAUCACGCUCAAAACGGCGCAUGUGGUUUGUUUUUUGCUUUCUGUACAAUAAUAUUAUUAUAUAUAAAUAUAAGCAAUAGGUCUGAGACCCUUUUGCGCUGCUUUUUCGUUUCCUUUGCAAUAGAUAAAUUGAUAGACGAGUGUAUUGAGCAGAAUUAAUUAAAACGCAUGGUUAUCGAUACAAAAAAACGAGAGCUUAUUUAACAACAGUGAAAUAACUUUGUGAUAUAUAUUGCAGACCGAAGGAAAGUUUAUAAAAAAAUUCCCUUUCACAACUGGUACUGGCUCACCCGUAAUCUUUGCACCUCAGCACAUUAGUUUGGACAAUUAAGUAGCUUGACACACUCACACCCUGUCCGUAUCUCUUUGCCUCCUCCUCUCGCACUUAGGACACGGUC